CUGCGCUGUAUGAUAACUUGUUCCAGUUCCUCAAACCCUCGCUUUCGCUUUCCUGCAGUUUGAUGGGCCCCUUGCUGUUCUCCCUGCUUCAGGGCUUUCUUGCACUCUGUAGAAAACAAAGAGGCCAAAAAAUGGAGAACAGAAGAAAAGUGCUUGCUGCAAUAAUUUUGACAGCUGCCUGCAGCAAAGUGGCCGCAAAGGAUACAAGAUUACUGGAUGUCCAAGAGACCACAGAUGUUGUGGAUGACCAGUACAAAGGAUGUCGUGAUGAGGCCAUGAAGAAGUUCAUCGAGUCAGACGUGUUAAAACAAGAACUAAGCAGCAAUGACGGAUUUCAGAAAGCGUGGAAUAAAAGUAUCGAGUGUUCAAAACAGAUUCCUGGAGGAAGAAAAGAGCAUACUGCUGCACUUUCAGUCUAUCUUAAAGGAGACUGGCCUUUCAUACUAACACUGAACAAAGCAAUAGAGACAAUGGGUGGAAAUGUUAGCAUCUAUGAAAACCGCUUCCACUUCAAGUCUCUUCAUUUCCUGCUGAUGGACUCCAUGAGGCUGCUGAAGCCAAAGGAGUGCAAGAACUUUUAUGUUUUUCAAGAUGGUCAAAACAAACCACAGAAAGGCUCCACAGUGAGACUUCCAAGUUUCACUUUAGCUUAUUCAGACUAUGAAGAGCUAAAGAGACUUGAAGAUGUCAGUGAGAAUAUUAUUUUACAUCUCACUUCUUGUUUCUUUGUCAACCUGAAAGACUAUGUGUGCGGUCAAGAACAGGAUGAAAUACUCUUAUCUCCAGCAGAAGUUUUCACUGUGCAACGAGUAGAGACAAAAACUACAUCGGAUGAUGAUGAAUACCUUGAGAUUGUUUUGAAACAGUCGGGACUGAACAGCUCACACAACUGUUACAUGUUUUCACGGUCUCCUCAAGCUGUUGUCUCCAUCUUGUGGCUUGUAUUAGUGUUUGCAGCCUUAUCCUUAUCUGUUUAGUAAAAACAGUUAUUGUUUUCUACAAUACUGCUUUGCUUAUUUGUGUAAUUGUUUUGCAUAGUUUAUAUGGCAGAAUGUGGUAUCUGUGAAAUAUAAUCAAAUAUUGUUUCCUGGUUCUGUUGUAUUAUGAAGUCAUGUGAUUGUAUGUCAACAAUGGUGAUUGGAUGUCUAAAGAUAAAAGUGAAAGAGGGGAGAUGCAAAUGGGUAAAUGAGUAUGAAAAGCAAGCUUUUCUCCUGUUAAAUUGCUCUAAUAAAAUAUCCAGGAUU